AUGGCUUCUGCCAUCCCCACCGCUGUGAUCAGUAUUCCGUUUUACAUUUCGCCUCUCAUCUGCUUGUUGAUUUUUUGUCUCUACAAAUUCCCCCCCUUACGUCCGACCACCUUGUCGCGAAUGAUCCUUGGUCAUAUUGUGCCCUCCCUCAAGGACGAUACGGUCCGUCUCCCCUCUUCGCUCACCAACGUGUCGAUAGCUUCCAUCUCUAGAUGGCCCCAUUCAAGAUGGGAGUUCCGUCAGGACCACGCAGAGCUUCCUCGCCUGGAAGCGGUGUUGUCCAAGCAUCUCCGUCUCUCGACUUGGGUAUGGCCAUUCUCUCGGGGGCGGGUGGAGUCCCCAAUGGCGUUUCGCACUGUGGUCCGGGCGGAAACUCAGCCUGCGACCCUAGUGAUAGAUCACUAUGCUUCGGACCGCUUCAAGGGAUCCUUUUUGGCUCCCCAGAAUGUGGGUAAACCGGGUGUCCCAGAUGAGAUCUGGGAGUACGAGCAGGCCGGUGACGUGUCGGCGGGGUGGGCAGUCGAGACUAAAGUCCGCGGAGCCUUACGAGGCGUCGCCCCUCUGGUCUUCGUGUCGGCCUCGCAUCCCUCCAACACCCACCCCGGUCUUGAACUCGUCGCCAACGCCCAAUCCACCGUUGCUCGAACUUCUUUGCUCCAUUUGCGCAGGGAACCUAUCCACGACCUUCUCAACAUAGAUGAUCAUAUCUUCUUGGAGGAGAGGACUCGUUCCCUUUUGACCCAGAUCAUCAAUGAAUUUGUUUUCACUGGGGUUGGGUCGAUCGUGGUACAAGAUGGGUUCACAUAUUGCUUGUUACGACGCGGGGAAGGGGAGGAGGCCAACGUCAUCUGGGCAUGGGAAGAUCUCUGGUCCGAGUUUCAUGUCGUCAGACCUCUUGGACUGUGGUUGAGUCUGAUACUCGAUCGACAGGAACGGGAGGACAAGAGGGCU